AAGCGAUCCCUAAAAUAAGUAAAACUGAAUUUAUUUUAUUAAUUCGCAUAUUUGGAAGUCGCCGCGCUCGUGAAAAGCGGGAGAUUCAAAAAUGCCAAUAGAAUAUCUUAAUACCUGGACAGAAAAACACCAAACAAAGAGAAUGUAUACAGUAGUAUUUGUGAACUAAAAUUUAUUGUUUUAUCGCUUUUGUAAACAUCUGUUAUACAAGAGCUUAUAUAAAAAUGAAUAGUAAAUGAACAGUCAGUGUCCUACAUGUGGUGAGACGAGAAUGCUUGACUGAAGCACUUCUUGCUUUCACAAGAUGGAAAUUUGUGCCAAUUUAAGAACUGGCGUUUUUCGCAGUUUGUUUAAUAGAACACAUCGAAGUCAUAUAACUGCUCGAGUUUUGCGCGAUUCAAGAUCAUGUCAUGUUACAAUAGUUCGAAAAGAGGAGGAGACUCCACUUCUGGCUUAUCUUCGAACUCGUAUCCUGGCUACCGGGCCAUUUACCGUACACGAUUAUAUGGCCGAUGUUCUUACGAACUCUCAGGGAUACUACAUGCACCGCGACAUGUUCGGGGCAGCUGGCGACUUCACGACAUCUCCAGAAAUUUCGCAGAUGUUCGGCGAAAUGAUUGGCGUAUGGUUCCUGAACGAAUGGCUAGAGGCCGGCUCUCCACAACCGGUACAGAUAGUCGAGGCUGGCCCAGGCAGGGGCACGCUCAUAGCAGAUAUUCUACGCGUAUUUUCCAAAUACACAAAGUUAACGCAGUCCCUAACGGUGCACCUCAUCGAAGUAUCGCCGCACCUCUCGACACUUCAAGAGGAGCACCUUUGCGGUACGGCAACGGAACAGAUCACAAGCCAAAACUACUAUAAGGAAUCAAAGACACGCACGGGUUCUUCUGUUCGAUGGUACAAAGAUAUCCAUUUAGUUCCACAAGGGAAUUAUACAUUUUAUCUAGCGCAUGAGUUUCUUGAUGCACUGCCAAUACAUAAAUUUGAGCGAACAGAUCAAGGCUGGAGAGAGGUACUUGUUGAUUUAGACGACUCACCUACAUCGCCUCUGCAUCUGCGGCUUGUAUUGGCUCCCGGUCGGACUCCUUCAACAGUUCUCAUUGACCCGGGUGAGACCCGUAGUCACAUUGAGGUUUGUCCGCAAGCUGGCAUGUUCGUACAGCAUCUGGCGAAGCGUCUUGAAGUCAGUGGAGGUGUUUUCCUUCUGGUGGACUACGGACAUAUUGGCGAAAAGGGAGAUACGUUUCGAGCAUUCAAAAAACAUCAAAUACAUGAUCCCCUGUCUAUGCCAGGACAAGCCGACCUAACAGCAGAUGUGGACUUUGCUUAUUUGCGACGCUGCGUGCAAGAUCAGGUGUUGGCUUUCGGCCCGGUCACUCAAGGAAGUUUCCUUAAAUCGAUGGGUAUAGGCGUUCGUCUCAAGAAACUCCUUGAAACUGUUCGAACACCUGAGGAAGGUAAGCAGCUACUUAGCGCUUACGACAUGCUAACUAAUCCGCGACAUAUGGGAGAGCGAUUUAAGUUUAUGGCGAUGUUACCGAAGAAAGUGGCCGCGACGCUUGAUCGGAAUGCACCAGCCGGCUUCGAAGAUGCUAAUAACGCUUUUAGUAGCGUAUGACUUAAAAUUUUGCACUUAAGAAACCCACAGUCCAGCUCCGGCUUCAGCUUAAUGAGGGGCUCGUUAAAAAUAAGAUGAUUUCGAAACGAGAACUUAAAUUCAGCUCAAGAAGUGGAUUAUUCUUUAUAUUGCUAUAUUGGAAUCAUUCAUGAUACCAACAUACGAAAUGAUGUAUUUCAUUUUUUUUCUUUAUUUUAUGUUGGGUCAACCUAAAAACUCAGAUCUUGGGGGUUUGCAAAGGCAAAUAAACCUUUAAUAAUUCAAUGUUACCUAGAAGAGAGGUAGUUACAAUAUAAUAAAAUGUGAAUGU